UUCGUUGAUGGGUGGGCUGCAUAUGAAAGACUGCCCUUUGGAUAGGUUGGUAUUAUGAAGUUAGAGAACAGGUGGCAGGUUAUAUUAGAGUUGACAAAAGAAAAUGACAUUUGACAAGGAUGAUGGACAUCAUGGUCGCCAGGUGUUUCCAGCAUGCUAAAAAACAAUGUCUUUGUAUUGGGAUUUAUUGCAAAUUUUAAAAAAGUUGUGUGAUGCAAGAUGAGCCGUUUCCUGAAUGUGCUCCGUAGCUGGCUAGUUAUGGUGUCCAUCAUUGCCAUGGGGAACACAGUGCAAAGCUUCAGAGAUCACAGCUUUCUCUCUGAGAAGCUGUACACAGGCAAGCCAAACCUUGUAAACGGCCUUCAGGCUCGGACCUUUGGCAUUUGGACCUUGCUGUCUUCUGUGAUCCGCUGCUACUGUGCCAUCGAUAUCCGUAAUAAAACCCUCUACAACAUCACACUUUUGACCUUCUUCAUUGCACUGGCUCACUUCCUUUCUGAAGUAUUUAUUUAUGGCACGGCAGCUGCAACAAUUGGUGUUCUGGCCCCACUCAUGGUGGCAAGCUUCUCUAUUUUGGGUAUGCUGAUUGGUCUCCAAUAUCUGGAAGUAGAAGAAACAUCUCAGCUCAAGAAACGGAAUUGAAGUUACAGGUCUCUUCUGCAUACGAUCUAUCACCUACCAGCCAUUUUCUAGUGUCAGCUACCACAUCGCCUCUUUACCACAUCCUGUAACUUGGUCAGAACAUUCAUGGACAUCUCUGUCAAACAUCUUUUUGUAUCCCAUUGAUUUUGAUCCGAAUAGGAAACCCUUGAUCUGUGACCAAUGGCAGAAGCACAGCCCCUAAGUGGCUGUGACAAGCUGGGUGUGGGUUUCACUGAUAGAAGGUCUUAAAGUAUCUGCAGCUCUUAGGGUUGAAAAACUUUUGCCAAGUGGAGGUAGUAUCUCUUCCUCCGCUCUCAACUCUUACAGGCACCUAGUAGCAAGAAACAGUCAUGUGUUUCAAGAUCCACUGAUGAUUAAUGUGGAAAGAGAGGAAGGAAAAGAGUAUGUUGGGGCAGCACACAGAGUAGCUGGUAUAUUUUCCCUUAAGCAUGGUUUCUUAAAAAACCAAGAGAAUAAACAUGCAAAUAUACAGCUUUUGUCAACUAGAGAAAGAUUUUUGCUUUUAUCUCUUUCAUUCCUGGUCUCAGCACAAGCUGAAUGACAUUUUUAGAUGUUCCACAUCCUAGACAGACAGUUUAGGUGCUUUUUCCACUUUUAACCGAAUAGGCUGUGGUUUUCAGAAACUUAUUCCCAACCUCCACUACCUUUUUCACAUUUAAUCGUUUUCUUAAUAAGGUACCAGGGUUUUUUCUUUAGUCUCCCUUCAGCAUAUCAAAAUCAAAUGUAGAUUUGACAAGAAGAUGUGUACAAAAACAGUCAAAACUAGGCUAGGCAAGAAAAUAUUAUUGUAGAGUUUUUGCUUUCAAGUAGCAAUGGGGUACAUGAGAGCAAGUGUGGCUUAGCGGAGACCAAACUUGAAUUCUUGUUCAGAAAUGGAAACCGAGUAGCAAGUCACACGCUCUCAGCCAUAGGCAAAGACAAAGCUCUCUCAACAAAUCUUGCCAAGAAAACUCCAUGAUAGGUUCAAAUUGGGAUCACGAUAAGUCUGAAAUGACCUAAAGGUACACAAAAAUACACAUAACAAUGUGAUCCAAGUAGACAAAGGAUUGAAGAGCCCACAGAAAUACCAGUUGCUUCUGCACUGAUAAGGAAAGGCGAGGUACCUUUUAAAUUGUUGCAUUUUAUCAUUCCGUAAUGACUGCGGAUACACUAACUUCUUGUUGUAUCAGAGUACCACACAUAAAUGAACUGACUUUAGCUGGCAUAGCAUUCAGUAACUAAAAUUAUGGGAUGGUUAUCUAGACAGUGCCAAGAUAAUACUAAUUCUGAAAUGAUUACAGUAGCUGCCAAUUUGCUGCCAAGCCUAAUUCUAGGUGCUGCUGCCUUGGGACCCAAAUACCUGAAUAAUAACCCCUUCUCAUAUUAAUUUACCCCUGUAUUAAGAUUCUCAGAUGAGGCCCCUCUUGGGAUUCCAUCAAUGGGAGAAUACAUUUGGUUUCCUUGAAGUGCAAGACUUUUUCAGUGUUAGCACUCCAGCACUGGAAUUCCCACCCAAGGAUUGUACAGCGAGUGCUGGCAGUGCAUUCUUUUCAGUACCAAGUUUAAUUGUUUCUGUUUUCAGCUGUUUUAAACUAAUUAUAUUGCCUAAUUGAAUGGAUACUUUUUUUGUUUACACCUCUGUUGUAUUGCAAAGAUUUUUUAUUUUUGUUAUCUUAAUAUUAUAUUGAUGAUUUAAUAUUUAUGCAUACUGGAAUUAAUAUUGGAUAAGAACAGGUUUACAUAUGUAAAAAUAAAUAAAUAGUUAUUUCAUGAUAAAGAUUACAGCAGGGCUACACCCAACCUAGGGUAAAGGUUAGCCAGUUUCUGUAGUUGCCAUGGCACCUCCCCUUCCCCAGGUUUUGUACAUAUCUUGGGGGGAAAGCCCUUUGAAGGAGGUGCACACUGGUAGCUUUAUUGGCCGAUAACCCAACACUCUAAGGGUCUUAACAUUUUUACCAGCCAGUCUCUAUGUAAUCAAAAGGCAGGAUUUACUUUUGGUGCUCCAAAACUUCAUAAGCAAAAUACUACUUUGUAAUCUAGGUUGUAUUUGCAACAUGACUUUGGAAUGGUUAAAGGAUUGGAUUUAUUCAUUUUUUUAAAAAAAAUAUGCAUGCAUAAAGGUGAAGUGGGGACAUCUAAUAUAUGGAUGGUGGUGCCUAGUAUUUAGUCAAGAUGAAUUAUGCAAUACAAAUACUGUGCUAAGUUACUGAAAUGGAAAAUAAAAAAUAAGAAAAAGGA